AUGGGUUCAAGUUCACAAAUAUGCCACCAAGAAGAGAAGAAAACCAUUUCAUUCUUUGACUAUGUUGCCAAUAUGUUAAAAGAAUCAUUCCAAUGCCUUACCAUUAUUCUCCUCAGUCUUCUCCUCCCUCUUUCCUUUAUCGUCCUCGCCAGGCUCUCAGUCGCUCGCUAUCUUAUUACCACCUCAACUGAGUACUACACACGGCCUGAUUCUCUUCUCGUCAAAAUCUUCCUCUAUGCGAAUCCCAAUAUUUUGCACGUACUAGUUCCACUUGUCGCUGUUUCAGCUCUCAUCCACGGGUUAACAGGUCGAACCAUAUUGUUCAUUAAACAAUCCGCGGAUCACAUGACUUAUUCUAAACCUUGUCUGUAUACCGCGUGGUUUUUUCUUUUCAUGCUUCAAAUAUGUGUGUGCAUAGGUGUAGAAGGUAGCAUAGCUAUUGGAAUAGGUGGUAGUUCAAGUUUUAGUCAUCAUGAAAGAUUAUGUUUAUUGAGUAGAGUUAUAUUCUUUUUCGGGUUGCAUGAAACGACGUCGUUUUGGGCCAAAAAGGUGGUGAAGCCGGUAGUGGACGACACGGUUUUCGGGGUCAAAACGGCGGAUGAUAGGAUGGUUGAGAAGGUGGCAAUGGCAAUGAGUUUUGGUGUGUUGUGGUGGUGGAAAUUGAGGGAUGAAGUUGAGUCUCUAGUUGUUGUGGCUGAGAUGAAAAGAGAGUUGAUAGGUAGUGUUGAUUUGGUUGAUUUUGUUGGUUGGUGGUUGUAUUAUAUGACUCUGGCAAUUGGUAUGGUUAAGAUUGUAAAGGGUUUUAUUUGGGUUUGUUUUGUUAUGUUUUGUGGGAAUGUGGUUCAUUUGGAAAAUGCUGACUAUUCUACAAGAAAUGAUGACAAGGUCUGA